AAGUAAAUAAAUUAAUUUUAAAAAGAUUGUGAUUAAUUAUAGCCAGGAUUUAGUCAGAAGUAACCAGCACAUUGGGUUCUGUGAGUUUUGUUUUAUAAUAUGCUAGGCAGUCUCCAAGAAGAUCCUCACUGAACCCUGCCUCUCAGUAUUCAUAUUCCUGUGUCAUCUCCUCUCUCUUCAUUGGCUUCUUAUGAUUAGAAUAAGGCUGAGUGACAGGACAUUAUUUUUAAAGCUAUGCUACCAAAAGAUUGACUUCCAUCUUGGCCACUCUUCUUUUUGGCCACUAUUUUUUCACUCUGAAGGAAGUCCUGGCAUGAAGCAGCCCUACAGAAAGCGAUUGGGACAGAAAAUCCAAGUUGUCUAGCAGCCAUGUGAGUGAGAUUAGAGUGCGUCUUCUAAGAUUCACCAGUACCAAAGAAGUGAGCUUAGCAAUGGAUCCUAUUUCAUCUGAGCCUUGCUGACAGCCCAGCUGGCAACCUGACACUGCCUCAUGAGAGACCCUGAGCUAGAAUCACUCAACUAAGUUGCUUCUAAAUUUCUUUCCUGAAAUCAUGAAAUAAUAAACUCUUGUUAUUUAAGGUUACUGCAUUUUGGGAUGAUGACAUGCAGCAAUAAAUAACUUAUUCAGAAGAUAAAUUAUGUAUACCUGUAUAAUACUGCCAUAUAAGGUACUUGUAUCUGACAUUAACAACUCACUUGUAAGUCUCUGUGUGGCCCCAUUGCUCAUGAUAACAAACAGCUCUUUGCCUGUUGUCUGACUUACUAGCUAAGAACUGUGUCUGGCAUGACAUUACAAGUUCUACUUCUGUCCCCAAAGACUAGAAGUAUAAGUAUGUGUUUGUACAUUAAGAUAUACUGUAACUAUUUAAGGUAAAGACUACCAGGAGGAAAUGGGAUGGGUGGAAGUGGGUAGGAGUUAUUCAUGGUUAAUGUAGUACAGUCCAUUAAAAGCUCUACAAAAUGGUCCCUGAGUCAGCAGCACCUCCUUAGACCUUAUCAGAAAUGCAUGUUCUUGAUGAUCAGUCAAGACUGCUUCAAAAAUUCCAACUGUGGAAACGUAUGUCCUGUGGCUUAACAAACUCUCUUGGCUGAGGUCGUUGCAAGCUGAAAUUUGAGAAUCACUGCACUGGAUUAUGUUGAUAGACUGACAAUGGACACACAGUUUUUGCUUCGUUUUGACACUGUUACGAAGAGAGGUAGAAUUUGUAUCUUCCCUCACUCACUAUGGAUGGAAUUUCUAACUGCUGCAACAACAGAACACAGGCCCUGCAAAGACUUUCCUACAGGAGAGAAGAGCUAAAGUUGUGUCUGACACAGAAGGAGGAGGCGAGCCCAGAGAAAGCCAGUCUUGCAGUGAAGGCACCUGCCAUGGGAGUGAGCCUGUUCUGCGUUCUGAUCAGUUCAGCUGCCAUGAUGACUGGGAGUCUAAGCUACUGUGACAACAUUUUGCAUGGAGUCUGGAAUGCUGGGAUCUGUCUGUGAUGUCAUCUGCUCUCUCCUCCAACAGCUAGCAAAUGGAAAUGUCUACCAUGUAUGAAGAUGCCUACUUCAUGCAUAAAGAAACAAUAAUUUAUAAUUCUUCCUGAACUUUUUUUGUAUUUUUCUUCUUUUCUCACACUGGAGUAGACCAAUGACAAGCAAAAAGCGAGAAGUUCAGUUACAGGUGGUCAUCAAUAGCCAGAGCCUGUGGGAUGAGAUGCUGCAGAACAAAGGUCUGACAGUGAUCGAUGUUUACCAAGCCUGGUGUGGACCUUGCAAAGCAAUGCAAACUUUGUUCCGAAAACUGAAAAAUGAGCUGAAUGAAGAGGAUAUUCUGCACUUUGUUGUUGCAGAAGCUGACAGCAUUGCGACUUUGCAGCCAUUUAGAGAUAAAUGUGAACCUGUUUUUCUCUUCAGUCUUAACGGAAAAAUUAUUGCAAAAAUUCAAGGUGCAAAUGCACCACUUGUUAGUAAAAAAAUAAUUAACUUGAUCAAUGAUGAGAGAAAAAUUGCAGCAGGUGAAAUGCCUCGUCCUCAGUAUCAUGAAAUUGCUCUAAUAGACUCAGAAGAGGAUGGGCAAGCCCCUGCUGCAAUGACUGAGAACCAAUACACAAUUGUUAUUAUCAAACCUGAUGCUAUGGUUAGAAAAGCUUUAGAAAUUAAGGACACAAUUGCCAAUGCAGGAUUUGCCAUAGAAGCACAGGAAAAGAUGCUGCUCACCAGCCAACAAGUUAGAAACUUUUACAGACAGAUGGAAGAUCAGCCUGACUUUGAAGAGUUUGUCUCUUUCAUGACAAGUGGCGUAAGCUGGGUUCUAGUUUUGUCUCAAAGAAAUGAACCAGCAGUUUCCUGGGAAGAAAGUGAGUCUCAGCUUGAGGCUGAAUCUAAAGACUUGGCUGAAGGGCCACCAGAAGCUGAAGAUAAGUCCAUAGCUGGAGCUACAAAGGGGACGCGGAACAGUUUACAAGAACUUCUGGAAAAACAGAACAUGGCUCAGUUUUGUGAUGUUGAAAGGAAUGUAUACAAUGAUACUCAGUUAAUUGAUAUUUUCUUUCCUGAUUUUAAAAUAAUGAAAAGCAAGAAACUAGAAAAAGUUCUGGCAUUACUUCUACCAAAUCUCUUUGAAGAAAGAAAAGAUGAUGUUUUGAAUAUUAUUGAAGAUGAAGGCUUUAAGAUACUGAUGCAAAGGUCAAUAGUAUUAUCAGAAGAAGAAGCACAAACACUGUGCAAGGGAUAUGAAAAUGAAGAAUAUUUUGAGCAACUUACAGAAUAUAUGACCAGCGGUCCAUCUCUAGCCCUAGUUUUAUUGAGAGAAAAUGGUGUGCAAUACUGGCAACAGUUACUGGGUCCAAAAACAGUUGAAAAAGCUAAUGAAUACUUUCCAGACAGUUUCUGUGCGCAGUUUGCAAUGGGAAGUUUGCCUUUCAACCAGUUGUAUGGAAGUAACUCACCAGAAACAGCUGAAAGAGAGAUACAGUAUUUCUUUCCCGAGCAAAAUGCUUUGGCAUUGAUUAAACCUCACGUAACACAGGAACAAAGAGAGGAGAUCCUGAAACUGAUUAAGGAGAAUGGAUUUGUUCUGACCUACCUGAAGGAAAUGGUCCUCACACCAGAGCAUGUAGAGAAAAUCUAUUUCUCAAUAACAGGAAAAUACUUUUACAAAGAUGUGUUGACAACAUUAACUGAGGGUUCGUCUUUGCUCCUGAUUCUGACCAAGUGGAAUGCUAUUGCAGACUGGAGACGAAUGAUGGGUCCCGUAGACCCUGAGGAAGCAACACUACUGUCCCCAAACUCCCUCCGAGCCCAAUUUGGAAUAAGCAAGCUGCUAAACGCGGUCCAUGGGGCAUCCAAUGUUUCUGAGGCUACAGAGGCCAUCCAUAACCUGUUUGGAGACUUCAUCCCUUAGAAUCUCAGGGAAAACUCAAAGCUUGGAGAAGAUGUCCACGUCAACGUAUAAUCAUGUGGCUGUCUGGGAUGAGUAACAGGAAAAGACUUUCUGUUUUUGGAGGAAAAUUCAUUUCAACACGAAAAAAAAUGUGGGGUAAAGCACAAUAACAAUAAAAAUGCGAACUUCUAAUAAA